UGUGUGUGUGUGUGUUGACUCACAGAGAGCCUGUUCUGCUCCUGUGUGUGAGCUAGAACCCUUCUCUUACACCUGAUGCCAGUGGAGGCUCCUGUGCGCUGACCUCCAUGUUAAUGACUAUCGACGAGCGCAUCAUCCUUAGCGCUUCCUCGCUGCAGACAUAUCCACCAUGUUAACCCAGGCCCAUGGAUACGAGCUGACAGCUUGCUCGCUGAGCACAUGAAAUCUGUCCGGCAUCAUGCUGAACUGUGAGCAUAAGGCCGGAGGCAUUUUUUACUUAAAGCUGACUACUACCAUGACAUGCUGUAGAUCCGCUACUGUUUUCAUAUUCAGACGCUCUGCUUGUCCCAGACUCUAGCUUGAAAAUGUGCAUCUUGCACAUUUUAGGAGAAGAUCGUGUGAUUGAUAACGCAGGUGCGCUUCUCCAGCCGUGGCAGUUUACCAUUCAUGAAGCUUAGAAACUCCCUGAGAAACGAUCCCUGUUCCGUCACUCGUUCUGCCUGCGUUUCAUUUAGGCUUGUUGUUAAACUGAAUCGAUACUCGUAAUCAAGUCAGCAAUUGAGCUGCAGUCUCUCUUCGGCCUGACACCCUCCCGCCGGCGCUAAAUGCUUUCAUAAUGCAGCUGCUCGUGGUGCUAAUCGCCCCAGAUGUGCAGCUUCAACCCCCGAGGCCCAGAUAAGAUCGGCCCGCGUGGGCCCGGCUCAGAGCGGACCUCUCAGAUCUCAUCCGGACCAGGAUCUGAGGCAGCCCGUGCUCCGUCUGCGGCGCCUGUGGUGCUGCUGCCGCUCCAUCGUCGUCGCCACAUGUCCGUCAUGUUGCUUCGGAGCUGCAGAUUUCACCCCUCGACCCCCGUCCGCGUGCACGGGCGGGUGGAAACCGUCCCUCAGCUCCGUCACAGGCAGGAAAACCAAAGCGCGUCCGGCAUCGGACCCGAAGGGCAGGUUUUGAUUGGAGGUCCGGUGUAUCAGCUGGAUGUGUGCGAGCGCAGCGCUCUAGUUCACUGUGCUGUCGUCAGAACCCCCCCCCCCUCCUCCCCCGUGUUAUGGAAAAGCUGCAGCCAAUGUGGGCGAGCCGCCAGCCUUCUGCCACGGCCCUUAUACAGAACCGCAGAAUGGAGGGAAGUCCAAAAUUAAAAGCAUUGUUACGCCUGCGGCCGGUGAAGUGACAGACUUGUUUCAUUGUGCCGUCUCGGGCGACCUUGGCCGGCCUCUGCCCCCCCCCCCCACCCCCCAUAUGCACGGUGCAGAGCUGCAUUCUGGGACCAGGGCUUGUCAGCAGGACCGUAAACACAGCCUUAUUGGAUUUCUCACUUUGCCACUGGUGCCUCAGAACGUCUCUAAUCCAAAAUCCCCAAUUCAGUUUAAGCCUCAAAAUGUCCUUGUGAAUGAAUUUGAAUAUAAUGUACCAUUAGGGUUGCUAUGGCGACGGCUGCCGUCAGUUGCCAUGGAACUUUUUUCUCUCCCUCUCCCGUACAAAGCUGGGCUGCUCUGAGCAAAGUGUGUUUGUGCAGCCUCACCUGCGAGCGUGUUUGUCGGUGCUGCAGCCUGUGGAUCCGUCCAGAGGUUUCAACAGCAGCUCAGUGUAUCAGCUGCUGCACGCGAUCCCUCGCCGACGGGAAACUUUCCCAGCGCUGCGGAAACUCCCGGCAGCUUCCUGUGAUCCUCCCGUCCAGGUUUUGUCGUCCUCCAUUAUCUUUUUCACACACAACUGAAGCGUGACUCCGUUUGGGCCUGUCCUCCCUUCAAACUCAUGAAGACGCACGUUCCCUGUCUCGUCGCGCCGGGCGCUCCCUCGCCGUGGCCUCACCCCGCGUCCACCAGCGUGCCUUUGAGCCUGGGCUCCCUUCAACCUGCACAACCGAGCGCCCCGUGACGCUGACGUAGCAGUUAAUGUCAUUAAAACAGAGAGCAAAGCAGCUGUCUUCGUUUUCACUUGUCAUUUAAAGGUGCCCCGUCGGGCAAUUUGUCAUUUCAUUCAUUUCAUUUCUCCAUUUUAAUAACUAAUCCAGUACAAUCACGAGGGGAACUGGAACAGGGCUUUUCAAAUCCGAUAAACAGAAACUGUUUAAAGCAAAUUCACACGUCUGUUGCAUGAUAUUUAAUCAUAUAUAAUAGCAUUGUAUCAUGAGGACAAUUUGUAGUGAGUGUGUCUGGAAUGCACACGCUUUGGUGCUCCAUGUUUUUUCACCCAGACUAAUCUAUUUUUAUAAAUACAAGAGACCCUCGAUAAACAGAUGCUUCGCCUCCGCAGCACGUCUGCGUUCAUGGGGAAUGAAGCCUCGUGACGCGAUCGAUACCCGGAGCUUCUAGGUUGCGCGUCCCUCUCGUCUCCCGCGUCUCCUACACAAACGCAGGUCACCUGCAACCGGAGCCCGCGUCCUGGGGGGCACAAAUCCAAUUCCACGUGUCGCAUUCGCAGCACAUUACUCAUGCAGGUGGAGUGGGCAUGGGGUCGUAUACGCUCGCGCUGGUGCGUGUGUGUGGCCUUUUAUUCAGCAGAAGGCCGGCAGUGACUCAUUCUCCUCCAGAGCAGCCUUGGGUGCUCCUUUGUUCCCGGUCAAUCUUUAAGGCUCCACAAUGGCUCUUGCUGACCAGUGCUGCCGAAGCCGGAGCUGAGAGAACCAUGAGCACUGUGGAGGAGGAGCCGGAUCACAUGAUACCAUGAAGACGAGCCUGCAGAUCCUGCGCUGCCAGCUGCUGAGUGUUCUAGCGAUCCUAGCAAUGCCAGUGGGACUGGUGUCGUCGGUGCACAAGCUGUACCUCAGCCAGACGUCCCAGGACUCUGUCUCCAUGGCAACCACGCAGAGCAUCCCGCUGCUCCCCCCCGAGCCUUCCCACCCGGACUGGCAUCAGGAAGGCUCCGGCAGUGGCGACCAGUCAUUCCAAGCGGCCUGGCUGCUCUCCACGCCAGGCCUCCAAGCCCUUGACACUAACACUGUCAUGCCGAACACUGUGAACACUGAAAGCCAGAUGAAGAGGCCUCUGGAGUCCAAGUCUGGUGUUGUUAACCAAGGCCACAUACACAAGUUGGUCCGGGUGCCUCAUAAUCUACUUCCUGUCAGCAGUAGUCCCAUAUUUCCCAGCACAGCGGCCCCAAAUAUAGAUGUGGACUCUGCAGACCCUGUGUCCAGCAAUGGAUCAAUCAGAGGAAACAUGCUGACUGUGAGCCGCGAUGAGCCCCAGAGGCUGCGUGUGGUGAAACCCACUGACCCCAGCCAGCGUGUUCCGUACCGCCAACCCUCCUCGCUGCGGUUUCCAUCAACCGACGAAGACCCGGCGCUGGGCCUGGAUCUCAGGCGGGCCCAGGCCGGGACCCUGAGGGAGGCGCGUGCAGCCAACGAGCCCCCUACGAAGGCGUUAACGAUACAGCCAGAGGCGGUCUCCACAGUCCAGAGCCCACAAGAAGGUCCAGUUUCCACGGAGCUGAGUUUCCGAAAGCAACCCACGGUCAUCCCAAACAACGAGACCACCACUGGAGCGGCCCAUAGUCCGGCUGCUGACGGGAACCGCACCGACGGUGCCCCUCCUGCCAACGCGACCGCUUAUGGAGAGCUGCUCUCCAACAGCAGCGCGCUGGAGAGGGCGUCCGGUCAGGGCGACGCCUCCGAGGCGCCUUCCACCGCCAGUCGGAACUUCCUGAACCGCCAGGUGCCCGGCACCACGCAGGAGCCGUGGGCGCAGGGAAACAGCUCGGGCCCCACCGUGGACUCCCCCCCGUCCCGCACCCCCAUCUGCUUGAGCAGGAUGGACUUCGUGUGGAUCGUGCUGGCCAUCAGCGUGCCUGUGUCCUCGUGUUCUGUCCUAUUGACCGUGUGCUGCAUGAGGAGGAAGAAGAAGUCGUCCAGUCAGGAGAACAACCUCAGCUACUGGAACAACGCCAUCACCAUGGAUUACUUCAGCAGGCACGCCGUGGAGCUGCCCAGAGAGAUACACACUCUGGAGAGCGAGGAGCAUGACACCUGUCUACCCCCUAAUGGAGACUACAGCGGCAGCAGUGUGGUCCUGGUUAACCCUUUCUGCCAGGAGACCCUCUUCAUCAACAGAGACAAGGCUUCUGCUAUGUAGACACAGAAAGUGCAAGACACUGCUCAGCCCUCCUCUUUUACUCUCCCUGCAGUCGUUGUCUAUUUUAUAUAUGCGGUAAAUAUUCAGAGACUUUGACUUUAUACUGUAAUAUAAACAUAAAGAGCAAAUGGAAGGGAGUAAUGUAAACAACACUAUUUACUAUGAGGAUGCACUUGCAUAUUUUUCUGAUGUACAUUUUCUACAAAAUGCUUAAUUGUGAUAAAAAAUGUUUUUAUUGUCUUUAUAAAAUGCAGAGCAU